AAAAAAAAAAGUUGGCGUGUGUUGCUUUCGUUAAAUAGCAGAACCUUCUCUGUAACUUCUCGCGAUAAUUUGCGGUAUCUUCCUUUUCACUUUGUCGCCAUUAUGGGUAAACCCAGGGGUUUGAGGACUGCCAGAAAGUUGGUAAAUCACCGUCGUGACCAGAAAUGGCAUGAUAACGAUUACAAAAAGGCCCAUUUACCCUCAAGAUGGGUCAAGCCCUUCCAGGGAUCUUCCCACGCCAAGGGAAUUGUUUUGGAAAAAGUUGGUGUUGAAGCUAAACAGCCAAACUCUGCCAUUAGGAAGUGUGUGAGAGUGCAGCUUAUCAAGAAUGGGAAGAAAAUCACAGCUUUUGUUCCCAAUGACGGCUGUCUAAAUUACGUAGAGGAAAACGAUGAAGUUCUGGUAGCAGGAUUCGGAAGAAAAGGUCAUGCUGUGGGAGAUAUUCCUGGUGUACGAUUCAAGAUUGUCAAGGUGGCCAAUGUGUCCCUACUCGCUCUGUUCAAAGGAAAGAAAGAACGACCUAGGUCAUAAAAUGUACAAACUGUAAUAAAUGUUUGAGGGAAA